GACAAGUUGGCAACACAAGCAAAAAAUUGAAAAAAAUUAUAUCAAAACUUUCCAUGCUUGUUGAUUGUUAUUGAUGCUUGUUUGUUUAUUUAUUUUUUUGUUUGAUAAUAAUUUUAAUAAUUAAAUAACCGGUUAAAUAUUGAUUGAUUAAGUUGAUUUAGAAUUAUGUCAAUUUUUGGACAUUUACGUGUGUACCUGUCAAGUACAAGACAACCAAGGUUAUUGUCAUGUUAUUGUCAAGCUACACAAAGUUUACAUAAUAAAUUUAAUGACAAUUUAUCAAUUAAAUCAUCAAACACUCGAGGAUAUCAUCAGGAAGAUGUCAAAGACAAUUAUGACAUAAUAAUAACUGGUGGUGGACUUGUUGGUACAACUUUAGCAGUUGCUCUAGCCAACAAUCCUGUUCUUGAAUCAAAAAGAGUUUUACUACUUGAAGGAGGCAACAAACAUCAUUAUGAACCAAAGGAGAAUUAUUCAAAUCGUGUUGUAUCAUUAAAUCAACAUACACGUACUUUAUUGUCAAGCAUUGGUGCAUGGAAACACAUUGAAGCUCAUCGUUAUGCACCUGUUAAAAAAAUGCAGGUGUGGGAUUCACAUUCAGAUGCAAUGAUAACAUUUAAUGAGGAUAAUUUAAAUAAAGAUAUAGCUUAUAUUGUUGAAAAUGAUCUACUUCUUCAUGCUGUUGAUAAAGAACUUGAUGAUAAGCCAUCAGUUAAAGUUAUUUAUAAUGCAAAAGUUGAUGAUAUAUCAUUGCCAAAUGAGAAUGGUGAAGAUGCUAAAAUAAAAUUACAAAAUGGACAACAAUUUAAGACAAAACUUUUGAUUGGAGCUGAUGGUGUUAAUUCACGUGUUAGACAGGCAAUGAAUGUUCAGUAUGUCAGUUGGGAUUACAAUCAAAUGGGAGUUGUUGCAACAGUUCAAUUAUCAGAGCCAACUGAAAAUGUUGUUGCAUGGCAGAGAUUUUUACCAAGUGGUCCAGUUGCACUUUUACCAUUAUCAGAAUCACAAAGUUCUUUGGUCUGGUCAAUGACAACAAGUGAAGCAAAACGUUUAUUAAAAGUAUCAGAUGAAGAAUUUAUUGACUCAUUGAAUGAAGCACUCUGGAAAAUAUAUCCAAAAAGUGAUCUUGUUGAAAAUGGCAUGAAGACACUUGAACAAUUGCUUCAAAGUUUUUCAUUACAUAGUGGAGUAUCACGUCAACUUCAGCCUUCAAUAUCAGGUAUUGUCAAAGGAUCCAGAGCAGCUUUUCCUCUUGGUUUUGGUCAUUCAACUUGCUAUGUUGCCAAUGGUGUUGCUCUUGUUGGAGAUGCAGCUCAUCGAGUUCAUCCACUUGCUGGUCAAGGUGUUAACUUGGGCUUUGGUGAUGUAGCUGAGCUAGUUAAAAUUCUUGAUGGAGUUGUUCAAUGGGGUGGUGUUCUUGGUAGCUCAAUGCAUCUAACAAAAUAUGAAACACAACGACAAAGACACAAUGUACCAACAAUGUUGGCUAUUGAUGGAUUACACAGAUUGUACAAAUGUACUGCUUCUCCAAUUGUUCUUGCAAGAAGUCUUGGUCUACAACUUGUCAAUGCUCUUGGACCAAUCAAGAAAAAACUCAUGGAACAUGUGGCAGAUACACCAGCUAUACGUUAAAUAUUAUUUUUCAACGCAAUUAUUAAUUAAAAUGACGUCAGUGUGUUUUCACCUAUUGUACCUAUGUGUUGCUCAUCAUCGUGUCAUCAACAUCAUCUAACUUUAUUCUCCAAAAAUAAAAUACAUUUUUAAUAAAUAAAUUAAAU